CUGCAGCUCCACUCUGUGCUGACCUGCAGGAGACCCACCCGCCCGACAUGAAGCCCCUCCUGCUCCUGCCGCUGCUCGGAUGCCUCGCCACCAUCGCCUCCUGCCACCCCCACGUGAGGUGGUGCGUCACGUCGCUGCAAGAGAAGGCGAAGUGUGACGCCCUGAGUGGUGUGGCCCCGGUCUUCACCUGUGUGCAGAGAAGCGUAACCAAGGAUUGUUUGACCGCCAUCCAGGCUGGUGAGGCAGAUGCCAUCACUUUAGAUGGAGGGGACAUCUUCACUGCUGGACUGGAUGGUAUCAAUCUGCGACCCAUAAUUGCUGAGCAGUACGGCACCUCUGCUGAGACCUGUUACUACGCUGUUGCUGUGGUGAAGAGGGACUCAGGAUUUAAAUUCUCGGAUCUCAGGGGGAAGAAAUCCUGCCAUACUGGGCUAGGGAAAUCUGCAGGCUGGAACAUUCCCAUAGGAACUCUGCUCAACAAGGAUUUAAUUACUUGGGCAGGCAUUGAUGACAGAAGCUUGGAGGAUGCGGUGGCCGAGUUCUUCCUGUCCAGCUGUGCUCCAGGGGCAACAAACCCGAAGCUAUGCGAGCUGUGCAAAGUAAACUGCGCCAAGGACGACUCUAAUCCUUAUUAUAAUUACCACGGGGCUUUCCAGUGUCUGAAAGAAGGAGCAGGAGAAGUAGCUUUUGUGAAGCAUCUCACUGUCCCUGAUGCAGAAAGGAGCGACUAUGAGCUGCUGUGUACUGAUGACACCAGAAAGCCCAUGGACCAGUAUGAGAAGUGCAACCUUGCCAAAGUUCCAAGUCAUGCUGUUGUCACUCGCAUUGAUGACCAGGAGAUGGCGGAACUCAUCUGGAAAAGCCUCGACUCAGCAAAGGCGCUGGGCUUUGACCUUUUCUCGUCGGGGACAUAUAAUGGAAAGAACCUGAUGUUCAAGGACUCAACAACGAAGCUAUUGCAGCUGCCCCAGAAGAUGGACCGCAUCAUGUAUCUGGGUCCUAAGUACUUAGACAGCAUUGAAACCAUAAAGAAAGGGAAAACCCCAAGCACCACGUCUGACAACGUAAAAUGGUGUGUUGUGGGCGACACAGCCAUGUGUGACGAGUGGAGCAGCAACAGUUUGUCAACAGCUGAAACCAAGUUUGAUUGCAUCAGAGGCCUCUCACCUGAAGACUGCCUGAAAAAGAUUAUGUUUAAAGAGGCUGAUGCAGUGGCAGUGGAUGGAGGUCAUGUGUACACAGCUGGAAAAUGUGGUCUGGUUCCUGCUAUGGUGGAGCAGUAUAAUGCAGACCAGUGCGUUGCAAGUGCAGCCAUAGCCUCCUCUUAUUAUGCUGUCGCUGUGGUAAAGAAAGGUACAGUGAAGACCUGGUCAGACCUGAAGGGCAAGAAGUCUUGCCACACAGGCAUUGGAAAAAGCGCUGGCUGGAACAUCCCUAUGGGUCGCAUCUAUGAAGAAACUAAAAACUGCGACUUCUCGACUUAUUUCAGUAGUAGCUGUGCCCCUGGAGCCCUGGACCCCACCUCUUCGCUCUGUGCUCUGUGUGUUGGAGAUGAGAACUCUAUGUCCAAGUGUGAAGCCAGUCCUAGAGAGAGGUACUACAGCUACGCUGGAGCUUUUAGGUGUCUGGCUGAAGGUUCCGGUGAUGUUGCCUUCGUCAAACACACAACCGUCGGAGAAAACACAGAUGGUAAAGGACCAGCUUGGGCCAAAGAUCUCCCGUCCGGUCCACUCCAGUCCAGUGACUAUGAGCUGAUCUGCCCUGGCCUUGGCAAGGUUCCAGUGCCAGUCACUGACUUUGUGAAAUGCAACUUGGCUCAAGUGCCCGCCCACGCUGUGGUAACCCGUUCAGAGAUGCGCACCAAGAUUGUCGACUUUCUGAAGCAACAGCAGGACAAUUUUGGACCUAGUUCCAGCAGUGAUGCGUUCACAAUAUUCGGACCGGACAGCAUCUUCAAGUCCUCCACUAAAUGUCUCCAGGAGAUUCCACCUGGUGAUGACUAUGAAAAGUUUUUGGGACCAGAAUACAUGACCGUGAUGAGUUCACUCAGAACUUGCAAAGAAUCAGAUCUGGAACAGCUUUGCACUUACAAUAUGUGUCAGAACAACUGAAGGGGAUCGUGGACUUUGUUGCACCUCAGCUGGGGCUCUGUGAUUCAAGCAUCUUCCAGCAAUUCCCACAAUUGACCCAAAACAUGCUUUGAGUAUUUUCUUACUGACCUCAAAUGUAAACCCAUUUUGAGAAGAGCGACCUGAACAUCUAUGUGCGGCCCUUUUCAUGCUGUUGGAGCUAAAUGAUAUCUUUUUAUUAAAUCAAUCAUAUUUUGUUGAUCCAUGCCUCACUUUUCUCAAAUAAAGCCUUUUUGAAUGCUGA